AAAUCAAUACUUUUGUCGAUCAACUGUCUCCUUUGUCAAUCUAUGUAUAGAAACUAACUAAACCCUUAUGACUUCUACCCAGUCCUUUCUCUUUCUAUUAUUAGAAAUUAUUAUACAUAUAUAUAGGGUGGUCUUGGAGAAUGUUCUUUAAUUUUAGUGGAUUACACUUCUAAGAGCAGUGGGCAGGCAGUGGUGGGUGUGGGUGUGGGUGUGGGUGUGGUCCCUAGGCUGUGAUCAAGAUUUUGGGGGUAAUGGAAUUGAGCUUUUCCAUGGUGGAAGAGAUGGGUUUUUGUGACCCAACUUUUCUUCUUAUUUUCGAGUUCUUCAAGCAAUUCCUAACACUUGCACAAGAUUUGAUCUGAUUGUCACUCUCUGUUUUUGCCCUCUGUGAACUGAAACCAAGUUUGGGUGAAUAUGUCUUCUUCAAGACCUAGCCAGUCUUCAGGCAGUUCAGGGCGAUCAAAACACAGCGCUAGAAUUAUAGCUCAGACUACCGUAGAUGCAAAGAUUCACGCAGAUUUUGAGGAGUCGGGUAGUUCUUUUGACUACUCAACCUCAGUACGUUUCACCAGCGCUGUUGGUGAAGAUCAACAACCUAGGUCUGACAAAGUAACAACCGCUUACCUCCAUCACAUCCAAAAAGGCAAGCUGAUCCAACCAUUUGGGUGCUUGUUAGCCCUUGAUGAGAAAACUUUCAAAGUCAUUGCCUACAGUGAGAAUGCUCCUGAAAUGCUGACAAUGGUUAGCCACGCGGUUCCAAGUGUUGGAGACCACCCAGCUCUUGGCAUUGGAACUGAUGUGAGAACCAUCUUCACUAACCCUAGUGCAGCUGCAUUGCAAAAGGCGCUGGGUUUUGGAGAAGUUUCACUUCUGAAUCCCAUUUUAGUCCACUGCAAAACUUCUGGGAAGCCUUUUUAUGCGAUUGUCCAUAGGGUAACAGGUAGUUUGAUUAUUGACUUUGAACCAGUGAAGCCGUAUGAGGUCCCGAUGACUGCUGCUGGGGCCCUCCAGUCCUACAAGCUCGCGGCUAAAGCAAUUACACAGUUGCAGUCUUUGCCAAGUGGCAGCAUGGAAAGGCUAUGUGAUACUAUGGUUCAAGAGGUUUUUGAACUCACUGGUUAUGACAGAGUGAUGGCUUAUAAAUUUCAUGAUGAUGAUCAUGGGGAGGUUGUGUCUGAGAAAACAAAGCUGGGGCUUGAGCCUUAUCUGGGAUUACAUUAUCCAGCAACAGAUAUCCCUCAAGCUUCUCGCUUUUUGUUCAUGAAGAAUAAGGUCCGUAUGAUCUGCGAUUGUCGCGCGAGACAUGUAAAGGUGCUUCAAGAUGAGAAGCUUCCCUUUGAACUAACCUUGUGCGGUUCAACCCUCAGAGCGCCACACAGUUGCCAUUUACAGUAUAUGGAGAACAUGAACUCCAUUGCUUCUAUGGUGAUGGCAGUUGUGGUCAAUGAAGGAGAGGAAGAGGGAGAGGGCUCUGAUCAAGCUCAGCCACAAAAGAGAAAGAGGCUUUGGGGUUUAGUGGUGUGUCAUAAUACAACUCCAAGGUUCGUUCCCUUCCCUCUUCGAUAUGCUUGCGAAUUUCUUGCUCAAGUGUUUGCUAUUCAUGUCAACAAGGAGUUAGAAUUGGAAAAUCAGAUUCUUGAGAAGAAUAUCCUGCGUACUCAGACACUAUUGUGUGAUAUGCUGAUGCGCGAUGCACCCUUAGGUAUUGUUUCGCAGAGCCCAAAUGUAAUGGACCUUGUGAAAUGUGAUGGGGCUGCCUUGUUGUACAAAAACAAGAUAUACAAACUCGGAGUAACUCCGACUGAUUUCCAGCUGCGUGACAUAGUCUCAUGGCUCUCAGAGUACCAUAUGGAUUCCACGGGAUUGAGUACAGAUAGCUUGUAUGAUGCUGGAUACCCGGCGGCUCUUGCUCUUGGUGAUGUCGUAUGUGGGAUGGCAGCUGUAAGGAUAACUUCCAAUGACACGCUUUUCUGGUUUAGGUCUCACACUGCUGCUGAAAUUCGAUGGGGCGGUGCAAAACAUGAACCAGAUGAGAAGGAUGAUGCUAGAAAGAUGCACCCAAGAUCGUCGUUUAAAGCUUUUCUUGUUGUGGUUAAAACGAGAAGUUUGCCUUGGAAGGACUACGAGAUGGAUGCAAUUCACUCCUUGCAGCUGAUCUUGAGGAAUGCUUAUAAAGAUAGUGAAGUGAUGGAUUCAAACACAAAUGCCAUCCAGACAAAGCUCCACGACAUAAAAAUUGAAGGGAUGCAGGAACUGGAAGCAGUGACUAGUGAGAUGGUCCGUCUGAUUGAAACAGCUACGGUUCCAAUCUUGGCUGUUGAUGUAGAUGGGCUGGUUAAUGGAUGGAAUAUGAAAAUUGCUGAGUUAACUGGUCUUUCUGUUGAUAAAGCAAUUGGGAGGAAUUUGCUCUCACUUGUGGAAGAUUCUUCAACUGAUAUUGUGAAGAAGAUGUUGUCCUCGGCAUUGCAAGCAGGCAAAGAGGAGCAAAAUAUCCAAUUUGAGAUCAAAACACAUGGGUCUAGGAGUGACUCGGGUCCCAUCAGCUUAGUUGUGAAUGCUUGCGCAAGCAGGGACCUUCGUGAGAAUGUUGUGGGGGUCUGUUUUGUGGCACAAGAUAUUACUGACCAGAAAACAGUUAUGGAUAAGUUCACCAGAAUCGAAGGUGAUUAUAAGGCUAUUGUACAGAACCCAAACCCCUUAAUCCCUCCAAUAUUUGGCACGGAUGAAUUUGGUUGGUGUUGUGAGUGGAACCCAGCUAUGGCAAAGAUAUCCGGGUGGGAAAGAGAAGAGAUUAUUAAUAAAAUGCUCUUGGGUGAGGUUUUCGGUACCCACAUGGCGUGUUGUCGUCUCAAGAAUCAGGAAGCUUUCAUAAACCUCGGUGUUGUACUAAAUAAUGCCAUGGCUGGCCACGAAUCAGAAAAGAUUUCUUUUGGUUUCUUUGCACGAAGUGGGAAGUAUGUAGAGUGUCUCCUGUGUGUGAGCAAGAAAUUGGAUAGUGACGGUUCGGUCACUGGGAUCUUUUGCUUCUUGCAGCUAGCAAGUCAAGAGUUGCAACAAGCGCUUCAUAUUCAGCGGUUAACCGAGCAAACUGCGUUGAAGAGAUUAAAAGCAUUAGCUUAUAUUAGAAGGCAGAUCAGGACUUCCCUUGCUGGGAUUAUAUUUUCUCGGAAGAUGAUGGAAGGAACAGAUUUGAGUGAAGAACAUAAACGGCUUCUUAAUACUAGUGCCCAAUGCCAGAGUCAGAUGAAUAAAGUUCUUGAUGACACUGAUCUUGAUUGCAUCAUUGAUGGGUAUUUGGAUCUUGAAAUGGUUGAGUUUACGCUGAAUGAAGUAUUGGUUGCUGCCAUUAGUCAAAUAAUGAUGAAAAGCAACGGAAAGGGUAUUCGGAUAGUUAAUGAUUUGGCGGAAGAGAUCAUGUCCGAAACCUUGUAUGGAGAUAGUAUGAGGCUUCAACAAGUCCUAGCUGAUUUCUUGUCAAUAUCAGUGAAUUUUAUGCCAAAUGGCGGCCAGCUUGGUGUUACUGCAAGUUUGACCAAAGAUCGUUUAGGAGAAUCUGUUCAGCUCGUGCAUUUGGAAUUCAGGAUAACUCAUGCGGGAGGUGGCGUGCCGGAAGGGUUGUUGAGCCAAAUGUUUGGAGGUGACAUGGACACGUCUGAGGAGGGUAUUAGCCUUCUCGUCAGCAGAAAAUUGGUGAAGCUCAUGAAUGGAGACGUGCAGUAUCUGAGGGAAGCUGGGAAGUCAACUUUUAUCAUAUCUGUUGAGCUCGCUGCAGGCAGUAAGCCUCGGGGGUGAAUGAUUUUGGGAACAUGACUCUCAAUCUUUUAUGUAGUACUGUAUUUUGCAUCUCUCUCUUCUUCUUGACUUCAUCAUUUGUGUUUUCUGUUUUAACUUGUAAAUAUGUAAUUUUAUCCAUCUUUGAUAGGCUUGGCCGGGACGAAUUUCAGAUUCACAUUUUAUGUUAUGAAACAAUUUCAUUCGAUUUCCACAUUACA